AGAUUUCAAACCCCAUUUAAGCUUACUUGAAAAAGAGUAUUAAAUUAACCAAAUUAUAUCCAAAUUCAUGAUCUUGAAAUUUUGAGUAUUUCUAUAAAGAUUCAUGCUUUAAUGAGUUUAUAGUGUUAUAGAUAUAGAAUAUAGAUAUAGAAGAUGAAUAGAGUGAAGCCAUAUAUAUUUUUCUUGAUUACUUUGGGAAUUUUUCUAGCUACUUGUGAUGCUAAGCAACCAAUUGAAGUUCAUGCACUUUCCAAGUUCAAAGAAGCUAUAUUUGAUGACCCAUUAUUGGCUUUAUCAAACUGGAAUACUCUAGAUUCAGAUCCUUGUAAUUGGGUUGGUGUUUCAUGUUCAGAAAAUCAAGUGACAAAAUUGAACAUUUCUGGCGCAUCUAUAACAGGAUUCAUUGCUCGUGAACUUUUUCAGCUUACUUUCUUACAAGAACUGAUUUUACAUGGUAACAAACUCAUUGGUUCUAUACCAAAAGAAAUUGGAUCACUAAAGAACCUGAAAGUUUUGGAUCUGGGAAAGAACCAGAUAUCUGGACCAAUUCCUCAUGAAAUUGGAAAUUUGGUUAGCAUCGUUAUAAUAAACCUGCAGUCAAAUGGAUUAACUGGUCAAUUGCCUUCGGAGCUUGGUAAUCUUAAACAUCUUCAGGAGCUUCGGUUGGACAGAAAUAAGUUGCGUGGAACUGUUCCUGGUGGCAAUGCUUCUGAUUCUGUUUCCAACGCACAAGAAAUGUAUGCUUCAAAUGUUACAAGAUUUGGAUUCUGUCGUUCAGCUUCCUUAAAAGUUGCAGAUUUCUCGUUUAACUUCCUAGUUGGGAGCAUACCUAAGUGUUUGGGAUACCUCCCUAAGACGAGCUUUCAGGGAAACUGCCUACCAUAUAAAGACAUAAAGCAACGCACUUCUGAACAAUGCGGUGGUGCUCCGCCAGCUAAGCAUAGAGGAGAAACGAAGCAUCAUCCUGCUACAAAUGAACACAACCAGAAGACUUCUUCAAAACCAGCAUGGGUUGUAGCUUUGGAAGUAGUGACUGGAAUUAUGGUUGGUGCUCUCUUCCUUGUUGCCAUUCUGACAACUAUUCACAGAUGCAAAAACAAGUCUUCGAUUAUCAUCCCAUGGAAGAAAUCCGCAAGUGAUAAAGAUCAUCUUGCAAUCUAUAUGGAUCCCAAUAUGUUGAAGGAUGUGAUGAGAUUCAAUCGUCACGAACUUGAAGUAGCGUGUGAAGAUUUUAGCAACAUUAUUGGUUCCUCAUCGGAUAGUUUAGUUUACAAAGGAAACAUGAAAGGUGGGCCUGAAAUUGCAGUAAUAUCGCUUUGUAUUAAAGAAGAGCAUUGGAGUGGCUAUCUUGAGCUCUAUUUUCAAAAGGAGGUGGCGAAUUUAGCAAGGCUAAAUUAUGAGAACACGGGGAAACUUCUAGGUUAUUGUAUGGAAAAUACCCCAUUUACAAGAAUGUUAGUCUUUGAAUAUGCAUCAAACGGAACAUUGUACGAGCACCUCCAUUAUGAAGAAGGAUGCCAACUUAGCUGGACAAGAAGAAUGAAUAUCGUUAUAGGCGUUGCAAAAGGUUUAAAAUAUCUUCAUACAGAGAUUGAACCACCAUUUACUAUAUCAGAGUUAAAUUCUAGUGCAGUAUAUCUCACUGAAGAUUUUUCACCCAAGCUAGUUGAUUUUGAAAGUUGGAAAACCAUACUUACAAGAUCAGAGAAUAACUCGCGUUGUAUUAGCACCGAGGACGCUAUUUGUGUUCUCCCAAGUUCAUUGGAAGGACGCCACUUAGAUAUCCAAGGUAACAUUUACGCUUUUGGGGUUCUUUUGUUGGAGAUAAUCAGCGGGCGGCCACCACUCUGCAAAGACAAAGGAUGUUUGGUAGACUGGGCUAGAGAUUAUCUUGAAAAACCAGAAGAGAUGGCCUCCGUUGUUGAUCCUGCACUGAAACAUUUUCGGGAGGAAGAUCUUAAGGUGAUAUGUGAAGUAGUUUUGAUGUGCAUUCAUUUAAGGCCUCGAGAUCAAGUAUCAAUGCAAGAUUUGUGUGCAAUCUUGGAAAGCAAAAUCGACACUUCGGUUUCUUCAGAGCUCAAAGCAUCUUCUUUAGCUUGGGCCGAACUUGCGCUUUCCUCUUGAUCCGAUAUAAUAAAACCUAACUAUAUGUACAUUAAAUAUAUAUAUAUAACAUAUAUACAUAAGUAAUGUUAAUACCCUGAUUAAAGAUUCUUGUUUGGUUGAUCCUUCAGUGAGUUUAUGUAAA